AUGGCUGCUGCAUCCGCAUCUAUGUUGUGCAUAUUUAUUGUUAUCUGCAGCCCCCUCCCUGCUCCAUCAACUGCCAACGGUGAGGUUGAUGCGCUGAUUGAUGUGAAAAAGAUGAUAUUGAAAGACCCUUUGAAUUCUCUGCAAUCGUGGGAUCCCUCCUCGCCCAAUCCCUGCAUGUGGAUGAAUGUCUACUGUGAUGCCAACGGCGUUGUCUACAAGGUGCUAUUGCCACGCAUAAAGCCUUACGAGGCUCUCUCUCCCAGGAUCGGUGAUCUUCAGAACUUAGAACAUUUGUAA